AUGGCCAGUACUACGAGAAAGAUGAAGUUCUCAUGGAAGAAAACUGUGAAAGAAGGUGUCAAUGCCUGGGAAAUGCAUGGGCUUGCACACCAAUGUCCUGUGGUCCUCAAGAAAUCUGCAAAGUUCAAAAUGGGCAUUUGGGGUGUUAUCCAGAAAGCACUGCUACUUGCCACAUCUACGGUGGACGAUGUCCUGAAGACCACUCUUCCUUGGAGUCCCCGACCAGGGAUAAGUGUAUCUCAGAGUGGCUCUUAUGUGGUGAUUGACACCCACUUUGGCCUGCAGCUGAAGUUCAAUGGAGACCAUGAGCUUCUAGUCCACGUGACGGAGAGGUACCAAGGGAAGCUGUGUGGACUGUGUGGCACUUACACCAACAGCCAGAAAGAUGACUUUAUGAGGCCAGAUAAAGUUGUGGUUCAGGAUUUCAAUGAGUUUGGGCACAGCUGGAGGGUGUCUGAUGACAAGUGGCCAUGUGCUUCUGAUCCGCCCCCACCUCCACCACUGUGCCCCCCAAUCUUGGAACAAGAGGCUGAGCAGCACUGUGGGGUCCUCCUGGCUAAAGACGGACCAUUUCAAACUUGCCAUUCGUACAUCCCACCGGUACAGUACUUUGAGAGCUGCGUCUAUGACCAGUGUGCUACAACUGGAAGCACUGAACAGCUCUGCAAUGCACUGGAAUCAUAUGCUGCAGCCUGUGAAAAUGCAGGAGUGAACCUUGGGGACUGGGAGAAAGACACUGUUUGCGAACGUCCCAUCAUCACAACACCAACUGCUGCAUCAACUCCAACAGCCCUACCAGGAGGUACUGCACUAGUUGAAGUGUAA